GCUGUUUUUUGGUUUAUGUUUGUAUAAACUGCACAGCAGUCGAAGCUGCAUUUGAAACUCUGGAUCCAAACGCUCUCUCCCCCUGGCCCAGCGCCUCCUCUCGCUGAGCAUCCUACAGAGAGAAUUCGGAGUAGGGAGACUUCGUAGGUUUUCGUAGAGACAGAGUCCGUAGAGAAAGGGAGAGAUGGUGACGUCGCCGGUGGUGAACACUUACCCGCUGUCGAGCUACACCUUCGGGACCAAAGAGCCGAAGAUGGAGAAGGACACCUCUGUCGCUGAUCGCCUCGCUCGCAUGAAAGUCAAGUACUAUAUGAAGGAGGGAAUGAGGACAAGUGUCGAAGGGAUUUUACUGGUACAGGAACAUAAUCAUCCUCACAUACUUCUUCUGCAAAUUGGGAACACUUUCUGUAAACUUCCUGGUGGGCGUUUGAAGCCAGGAGAGAAUGAAAUUGAGGGUUUGAAAAGGAAGCUGACCAGCAAGCUUGGUGCUACUGUACCUGCUCUUGUGCCAGACUGGCAGAUAGGUGAGUGUGUAGCUAUCUGGUGGAGGCCAAACUUUGAAACCAUAAUGUACCCGUAUUGCCCUCCCCACAUAACAAAACCCAAGGAGUGUAAGAAGCUUUACCUUGUUCACUUGUCUGAAAGGGAGUACUUUGCAGUCCCAAAAAAUUUGAAACUUCUUGCUGUUCCAUUGUUUGAACUCUACGAUAAUGUUCAGAGAUAUGGACCAGUUAUAUCCACCAUUCCUCAACAACUCUCCAGAUUUCAGUUCAACAUGAUCGCUAAAUGAGUGUAGCAUGGAUUUCUAGAACUCACAUCCUUCUAGCUCUGCUUUUAUAAUUUAAUGAAGUUCGGACCUUUAUUUCAUUGCGUGGACUGCUAGGACUAGGACCUGGACAUCACAUCAUAACUGAAUUUUAAGUUAGUUAGACUGGGUUUCUCCACUUAUGCGGAUAACUGAAGCGUAUCUUUUGACAUGGUCUGUGUCUAAUGUUUGGUCCUUUGGAUUAUCAAUUAUUGUGUUCUGAAUGAGCCUAGGAUUCUUGUUCUUGUA